AUGGGGGACGAUCCGGAAAGGCUAUAUCGGUUUGACGGAGUUGCUCAUAUAGCCGGGGUCAUCAACGACGAGAUUCUGUUAGUGCCACAACGAUGCAUCAGGAGCAUGUGGCAGCAGCAGGGCAUGCGACUCGAUGAGCGAUGGUUCCAGUUAGAUGAGCCCCUUGUUAGUGCCUUCGUUGAGCGGUGGCGUCCGGAGACGCACACCUUCCAUAUGUCGUUCGGAGAGUCCACGAUCACACUUCAGGACGUGGCGUAUCAGUUGGGGUUGCCAGUGGACGGGCGUUAUGUCAGCAGUUGCCUUAUAGAUUUCCAGAUAUACAUCCAGGGUGACCGUCCAGCUUGGGCAUGGUUCCAGGAGUUGCUUGGAGUGAUUCCUCCUCCGAGCCAAGUUCAGAAGUUUGCAGUAAACUGCACCUGGUUCCAGGAGACUUUUGGAGAGUGCCCCGAGGCAGCCGAUGAGGAGACUGUGCGGCGCUUUGCUCGUGCCUAUAUCAUGAUGUUGUUGGGCACUUAG